AAUGUGACAGUAGAGAAAUGUACGAAAAGCUGAUGCAAUAUUGCUGAAGUGGGUUGGCUCGUUCGCCACCAAAAGAAUAAAUUAAACGUGCAAAAAGAUUGUUGAAGCUAGGCUAAAAAGUACCACAAGUGUAAGAGCAAAUCAUGGCGGAAGACGAUGCGAUCUUUGACCCUUCCUUGAUGAAGAAAAAGAAAAAGAAGAAGACCCCGUUCGAUCUGGAUGCGAUGGCGGGAGGGGCGGAAGAACCGACCGCGGAAGCAGAAUCCGCUGCACCGAGCGAAUCGAAACCGGUCGCCGACGGGGAGGAUGAUUUGGAUCUAGAGAAUUUCAACAAGAAAAAGAAGAAGAAAAAGAAGCCAUUCAAUCUGGACGAGUUGGAAGGAGCGCUGCCCUCCGGCACUGGUGAUGGCGAUGCGGAUGCGAAGGAAAGCAAGGAAGAGGGUGAGGUGGGCGGUGACGAUGGGCUAGACGAGGACUUUAAGCUGGACUUUAGCAUGAAAAAGAAAAAGAAGAAGAAGAAGGACCUGACGGAGCUAAUGGAGCAGCAGGAGCAGGUGGAUGGACAGGAGCCACAGGACGACGAGAAGGAAAAUGUGGAUGAAAACGUUACUUCCUGGGCUGGUUCGGAUCGUGACUACACGUACGACGAGCUGCUGAACCGUGUGUUCGAGAUCAUCCUGGACAAGAAUCCGGAAAUGGCAGGCGGUCGAAAGCCGAAGUUUGUGAUGCGUCCACCGCAAGUGUUGCGUGUCGGUACGAAGAAGACCUCGUUCGCUAACUUUACCGAAAUCUGCAAAACGCUCCAUCGGCUACAGAAGCACGUGCUUGACUUUCUACUGGCUGAGUUGGGUACGAGCGGUUCAGUCGACGGUAACAAUCAACUCAUAAUUAAGGGCCGCUUCCAGCCGAAACAGAUCGAAAACGUGCUGCGAAGAUACAUCAAGGAGUAUGUCACCUGCCACACCUGCCGCUCGCCCGACACCAUCCUCCAAAAAGACACCCGCCUGUUCUUCCUGCAGUGUGAGUCGUGCGGGUCCCGGUGUUCCGUGGCUAGUAUUAAGUCUGGUUUCCAGGCCGUCACCAGUAAACGUGCCGCCAUGCGUGCUAAGACAGCCUAGA